GUUAUCUGGAAAUGCAGGGCACUCUUCCUGUGAGCUCACAGAAUGCAUUAGUUAAAUACCCAGUAGCCAGGAAAAGGGGGGUGAGGAGGGGCUUGCUUGCAGCCGGCUGAGAGGGAAGGGAGAGGGUCGGCACUGCACAUCUGUACUGGCUGCUUCUCACAUACUAGGAACAAUACGUCCCUCAGGAAGACAAGAUCCUCAAAAUGAAUGCUUUUCAACCACAAAUUCUUUGGUGCUCCAACUUCUCCUGACAAACAUGACCUACCGAUGAUCACAAUGGACAAAAAGUGCAGGAUUUAUAAAGAAGAUCUGAUCUGCUUUGGUUGAUUAAAUAUUAGAAAACUUUGUCAUGGAAUCUGCAAAUCAGAAAACACAGUAUCACCAGCCGUGGAAGGUAGACCAGUCUCCAUAUAGUAGAGAAUGGGCACCAAGGAAGCAGCUAUGGACCUCUGACAUGGGACUGCUUGACAGAGAGAAAAGCAGUCUCUUUCUAAAACCGCAGUCUCUGCUUCAGUAUGCAGAUAGCAGCAGGCAAGGUCUACAGUCCAGGUUUAGAGAAAAUGGAAGCACACAUCCCAUCCUGCAACAUUUACCUCCCAACAGCACAAGCAUGAGAGAGGACAUUGUUUUUCCCAAUUUUUACAAUCAUUUAGGGUUUACGCAACACGAUGGGCCAUACUAUGGGGCAGUCUCAUCACAAUGGAUUGCUGCUGGGACAGAACUCAUCAAAUUAAACUCUGAACCUUUUACCACCCCCCUACUAAAACCUCCUUGGAGCUUUAUACAAAACUCUUCUUUCCCAGAGAGAGAUCGGAUGUGGAAUCCCGCAGUCAAACCACAUUUACACUGUGAGUAUCCACCUAUGGAAUCUGUCAGAAGUAUGGAGCAGGACUUUCUGAUGCCUUCGGUUUCUUACACAUCAGAUGCUAAAGAUCGAGAAUUGUAUCAAGAGAAGAUAAACUCAUCUAUUAAUCAUCCCUCAGAAGACCCAGCAAUCGGCCUGCCAUUGGCACUUUGCGAGCCAGAAGAUUUUAGUUUCCACUCCAACAGCAACUGUCUCCCUGUCAAUGGGACCAUAGACCUCACAGAUCCAUCACAAGACAGCAAGGACGAGAGCACAUGUGAUAGCGAGGAAAAUAAAUUCCUCCUAAUUGAUGAUCGGGGAAUCCCGUACACAGUCUUCAAAAAGGAUCUCAUAAAUUCGCCAGAAACUGGGGGCGAACUUGAUGAGGAUUCACAGAUCCCCAAAAGGUUUCAUUAUUGCCCCGUGUGUUUCAGGUCAUUUCUUUACCUCUCUGACUUGGAGAGACACAGCAUAACGCACUCAGAGCACAAACCAUUUGAGUGCAAAGUGUGCGGAAAGAGCUUUAAGCGUUCAUCUCAUCUGCAACGCCACAAACACAUCCACACAGGGGAGAGACCAUUUCAAUGUAUUAUCUGCAAAAAAGGCUUCCGGGAAUCAGGUGAACUUCAGAGGCACCAGAGGGUGCACACAGGGGAGAAACCAUACCAGUGUGAACUCUGCCAUCUACGCUUCACAGAACGCAACACAUUGCGCCGGCAUACUAAACGGAAACAUUUAAAGGAAAUGCUAUACCAACAGGACCCUGGAGAUAGCAGUGACUGGGGAGAGGUAAUAGAAGACAUUCCUACAGAAGAUAAUAACACAGAAUGAAUUCUUGCCAAUCGUAAUUAAUCCCGUAUUUUAUACAGUUGUUUAACCUAUCAUUGUUGUGAACAGUUACUUAAGUCAGCUGACUUCAAAUGUCAAAUGAAUGGGGUAUUUACAGAAA